AUGUAUCAGAAUCCGAGUCAAUCCGCGAGUCCGAAUUCCCCCAACUCGUUGCGACAAAACCAAGAUCUUCCAGAGUUUCCCAACCCGUUCGACAAUGCCGGAGAUUUCGAGCUUGGCUUUCCCGUGCGGAGCCUUAAGGAGCUGCUGCUGUGUCGCGUCAUGGGUCAGAUUCGGGAGAAGCCGGUUUGGAUCCGAAAGGUGACGGACGACAAAAUUGUCAAGAAAUGGAAGGCGGAGUUGACGGAGCCGGCAGCGGACGUCCAUCCUGACGGUUUCAUCGACGCCAGCAAGGAGUACUGGACUGCGGAGGAAGCUUCCGCCGUGCUUUCGUUCCUGAGAGAGACUACAACGCGGCCUGUCAAGAUCGACCCUGCUCUCUUCACCUACGCAAUCUCUGAGCUACGCUGGCUCGCCUCCUCCCUCUCCUCCUCCUCCUCCUCCUCCUCCUCCUCCUCCUCCUCCUCCUCCUCCUCCUCCUCCUCCUCCUCGUCCUCCCCUCCCUCUUCUCCACUCUCCUCUCUCUCCCUCCACGGCAAUCCCAAGGUGCUCCCAUCCGCAGCAGACGGCGUGUUCAUCUCCCCAGACCCCCCACUCGACCCCUCACUCAAGCAACUCUUUCUAGACGGAAUCACCUCUCUAGAAUCAGUUACUGAGGAUCAAAUCGACUACCACCCGGGAUCAAAUCACCAAGUGAUCGAUCUCAUUCACCCCAGCCUGCAUUGCCUGGUCGUUGGUCGCACUAGAGUUAUCCAGGAUCCGCCCAACGACCUUCAGAUUCUUCCCUGGGAUGAGCUGGUUAGCAGCUUGGGGGAAGUCGCUCGGCCUAUGCCGCCCAGUCAGCCGACCCGGCAGGUGUAUUACCCAACCGGGAAUCAUUCAUACCUUUCAGAAAAGUUUCAGUGGCUACCCGCAGAGGUGGACGUUGCUGCGGACGGGCAGAGUGCGAAGUUUCGGUCGUAUAUUAAUAAUUUGCACCCGCAUGAGUUUGCGGGGAUGUACCGGGGUCUGGAGCAUAUUUUCGCCACAGCGUUUGUGCCGUUGUUUAACAAAGUGCUGACAGAAGCAGUUCAGCAGCGACGAGAGCGAUUCGACUACGAUAUUUACGGGUGGUACGAUGAGUGGAAGGGCGAGAGAGAAUACGACAAGGACGACGACGACGACUACCACCAGUGGCUGGUGGACCGGCAGCCCAAGCAGCCAGACACCCCUGCAGAGUUCUCCCCCCCACAGCCUCCCUCCCCCGGGCACGUGGUGGACCUGAAAGGGCGGCGACUGCAGGUGGUGGUGAAGGUGGCAAGCAUUCAGCUGACCCCUGACAGCCCGAAGUAUCCUGGGGGUACUUGGCAUGUGGAGGGCAUGCGGAAUGAGCAUAUUGUGGCCACAGGCAUUUACUAUUUCGACUCUCACAACAUCACCGAGUCGCGCCUUCAAUUCAGGAUCACCGUUGCCGAACCAGACUACGACCAGAACGACAACAAAGGGGUGGCUCGGAUAUACGGCCUGGUGGACGACGGACCUCUCACGCAACCUCUAGGCUCGGUCCGGACUGACAUCCCGAACCUCUGCCUCGCCUUCCCGAACCACUUCCACCACCGGGUUGCGCCGUUCGAGCUACAGGACGAAACCCGUGCCGGCCACCGGAAGAUUCUUGUCUUUUUCCUGGUGGAUCCGCGGGUGGCAAUCGUAUCCACUGCACGCGUGCCACCUCAGCAGCUGAGCUGGCAGAGGAGGGAGCUGGAGAGAAAAGGCCACCCGUGCUCGGUCCUGCCUGGGUUAGCUCUAGAUCUGAUUGCAGAGGGAGUGAGUGGGGGAGAGCAUGGGGAAGAGGGUAAGGGAGAAAGUAGUGGUGUGGAGCGAGGUGGGGAGGAGGGUAGGGUUGAUGAGGGAGAGGAUGGAGGCGAGGGGCAGGGUGUGGGGAGAGAGAGCAGGGAUGGCAGGGGUGCAGCGAUGACGAUGGAAGAAGCAAAGAACACUGAUGGUGGAAACAUCAGGGCUCUAGGAGAGAGUGAUCUAGACCUUCAGCUACAGGGGGAAAAAUUCUCAUGA